UGUUAAUAACGUAGACGACUCUUCUCUCUCUGUCUGUAAAUACUGCAUUCUGGAAUUAUUCAAUACCUGCACUUCAUGUAAAGGCUAAACGUCGGAUAAAUUAUAAUUAAUACAAUUCAGUCAUUGGCACAUGAUAUUAAAAUAACUGUGUAUUGAAACAAUGAACCGGAAAAAAUGCGGCGCUUCCGAAACAGUAAGCGGAGAUAUAGCGGAAAUUUAAAUUCAAAAAUGUUUAGGUCAAAGCACCAUGAAAAUUAAGGUGAAUUGAAGCAAUAAACUUAACGCAUGUAUCGCUUCCAAAACCGCAAGAUGGGAUGUCUCAGGAAUUUAAAUUUAAAAGUAUUUCGCACAGCGCACCAUGGAAAUUAAGCUGUGAAAAAUCAUGAAACUUGUUUCAAAUAAUAUUUCCAGUGAAUGAAUGAAAUGGUCGAUGAAGGCGGCUGAUGUUACAAAAAAGUGUAAUAAAAGCUUUGCUAAUCAGUGAGAAUUUACAUGAAUUGAAUGGUACAGGAAAAGAAAAUUCAUGUAAUUGGCAUAUAUAAGUUAAAUGCCGGAUGACUCAUGUAAAAUUUCAACCGAUAGUAAUUGUGGCAUAUGUAGCUGUACUUUUCGUCCUUAACUAAAUUUAAUAAACCAUAAAAAAAAAAAAAGAAACAUUGCAAAUUGGACUUUUAUAUGAAAAGAUUUGCUACAAAGCAUAUUUUUAACAGACAAUUAUAACUCGCGUGCAAGAAAAUUAAUUGAGCCUUGCAGUAAGUCAUUUUCAGAUUACAGCUAGUGAAAUUUAUGGAUGUUUAUGACAGAGCAAUUGCAUGUUUUCGAGAUGUGUAGUGAGGUGUCUUCUCUACAACCAUAUUUACAGCCACAAUUAUUAACCAAUACAAAAGAGAAACCAUAUGCUUGUGGUAUUUGCAAUAACGCAUUUUCUCGGAUGGGAAUUUUAAAGAAACAUGUACUAACUCAUACAAAAGAGCAACCGCAUACCUGUGAGAUGUGCAAUAAAAGGUUUUCUCAGCAGGGGAGCUUAAAGAGACAUUUACGAACUCAUACGAAAGAAAAACCUUAUAGUUGUGAUACCUGUUCUUCGGCAUUUUCUGAACGGGGCUCUUUAGUGAGACAUUUACGGACUCAUACAAAAGAGAAACCGUAUAUUUGUGAUACCUGUUCUAUGGCAUUUUCAGACCCAAGCACCUUAAGGAAACAUUUACCGACGCAUACGAAAGAAAAACCAUAUGUUUGCGAAAUAUGUUAUAUGACAUUUUCUGAUCGUAGCUAUAUAAAGAGACAUUUACAGUCGCAUACGAAAGAGAAACCCUUUGUUUGUGAUACCUGUCAUGAAACGUUUACUCGAAAGGAACAUUUAAAGAGGCAUUUAUUGACUCAUACAAAAGAGAGACCGCAUAUUUGUGAUACGUGCUCUAAAGCGUUUGCUGAUCGGAGCACUUUAAAGAAACAUUUAUUGACGCAUACGAAGGAGAAGCCAUAUGUCUGCAGUAUCUGCAAUAACACGUUUUCUCGGAUGGGAAUUUUAAAGAGACAUUUAUUGACGCAUACGAAAGAAAAACCGUAUACUUGUGAUGUCUGCAAUAGAGCAUUUUCUCACGGAGGAAAUUUAAAGAAACAUGUCCUUAUUCAUGGAAAAGAAAAACUACAAAAUGUGUAAUAAAACUUUCUCUCAUCGAAUCAAUUUAAGGAAAUAAUUACUGACAUAUAUAAACAUUUUUUUUUUGAUACGAGAAAAUUUGUAGUGAUAAAUUUGC